CCGCAGCGGCUGCCGGUGGAUCUCCGGAGCUCUCACCGCUCCCCUGUGCAAUCCGAACGGCUGAAAACCAAGGGAGAACAAGGCGCAAAGGUUUGAAAUGGCAGAACACUUGUGGAUGGGCUGUCUAUUUACGGAUAUAUAAGGAUUGGCCAAAUAUUUUCUUUGCAAGACCGACACAUCUAUUGUCAAUCCUUGGAGAUGAAGAAUUAUCUCAUCCCAGCUGGAAAUGUGUUUUGUGUCUGAAAUGAAGUUUUCUGUUGUAACUCAGUGUUAUCCACUGGAACCGGGAGCUGAGAACACACCAGCAUUUGCUCACUGGAGAUCAGUUCUUCAACUGCAUUGAUUGUACAAGGGAUUCAAACAUCUGACUGUCUGAAUUGCCAGAUGAUUGAUCGCAGUGAGAUAUCAUUCUCCUUCUCUCAGUGUGGGAAGGGAUUCACUCACAGCCUACCCACAGACACGCCAGUGAGUUCACAGUGAGGAGAGGCCAUUCACCUGCUCUGUGUGAGGGAGGGGAUUCACUCACAGCCUACCCACAGACACGCCAGUGUGUUCACUGUGGGGAGAGGCCAUUCACCUGCUCUGUGUGAGGGAGGGGAACUACUCAGUCAACCAGCCUGAAGAUACAUCAGCAAGUUCACACCACAGUGAGAUGCUCCACCUGUUCUGACAGCAGGAAGCAAUUCAUUCUGUCGUCGGUGCUAAAUAUACAUCUGAAAAUUCCCCAGUGAGAAGACAGUAACCUGUUUACAUGGUGGGAAGGUAUUCACACACUAAACCAUGCCACAGUGACACCAGCAAGUUCAUAACGGGGAGAGGCCAAUCACCUGCUCUGUGUGCGAAAGGAUUCACUGAAUCAUCUCAACUGAAUGAACACCAGUGAGUUCACACUGAAAAGAUGUCGUUCACCUGCUUAGACUGUGGGAAGGGAUUCACUCGUUCAUCCACACUACAGAGACACCAGCGAGUUCACACCGGGGAGAGGCCAUUCACUUGCUCUGAAUGUGGGAAGGGAUUCAGUGACUCAUCCAAACUUGUGAGACACUACCGAGUUCACACUGGGGAGAGGCCGGUCACUUGCUCUGAAUGUGGGAAAGGAUUUGCUCGGUCAUCUCAACUGACUGAACAUCAGCGAGUUCACACUGGGGAGAAACCGUUCAGCUGCUUUCAAUGUGGCAAGGGGUUCACCCAGUCAUCUCAUCUGAAAGUACAUCAGCGAAUCCACACUGGGGAGAAACCGUUCAGCUGCACUGAAUGUGGGAAGGGAUUCACUGAUUCAUACUCCCUUGUGAAGGACUGCCGUAUUCACACUGGGGAGAAGCCAUUCACAUGCUCUGAAUGUGGGAAGGGAUUCACUGACUCAUCCCACCUUGUGAAGCACUGCCGAAUUCACACUGGGGAGAAGCCGUUCACGUGCUGUGAAUGUGGGAAGGGGUUCACUGCGUCAUCCAACCUGGUGAGGCACAGCCGAAUUCACACUGGGGAGAAACCGUUCACCUGCUUAGAUUGUGGAAAGGGAUUCAGUCGGUCAUCAGGCUUGAAAGUCCAUCAGCGAGUUCACACUGGGCGAUGCCAGUCACCUGUUCUGAUUGUGGGAAUGAAUUCGCUCAGAUAUCUCAACUGACUGAACAUCAACUGCUCAGUGUGGGAAGGCAUUCACACACUGAUCCACACUGCAGAGACAGUGGUGGGUUCACACUGGGGUGAGUGUGAUCACCUGCUCAGACUGUGGGAAGGCAUUCACACACUGAUCCACACUGCAGAGACAGUGGUGGGUUCACACUGUGGGGAGGGUGGUCACCUGCUCAGACUGUGGGAAGGCAUUCACACACUGAUCCACACUGCAGAGACAGUGGUGGGUUCACACUGUGGUGAGGGUGGUCACCUGCUCAGACUGUGGGAAGGCAUUCACACACUGAUCCACACUGCAGAGACAGUGGUGGGUUCACACUGUGGUGAGGGUGGUCACCUGCUCUGACUGGGAUGGGUUUCAAUCAGUCAUUCAUCCUUGUGUCACCGUAUCAAGCUUUGACCCAACGUGAAUCUGAGAGAUCAUAAGCUUCAGAGGACGUAAUUCACUCAGGUUCACCAAUGGAGUAUUAAAGGCAGUGGUUCAGGGCAGGUUAUUUUUGAGCUUUCAGCGGUGGCCACUCCACAGUCAGGAUGGAUUAUCAAGAAAACCUUCAUUAGCUGGAGCAAAUGGAGCUGUCACUGUUGGAGUGGACAGAGUUGGAGCGGAGACUUUGAGGCUUUAAUUCUUUGAGGUUUCAGUGGGGAGAGCAGUCAGUCAAAGAAGGCAAAAUCAUGAUGGAUGUAGAAUUUUUUUUGCCCCUUCUUUACAUUUUCUCAGUUGAUACAGUGGAGAUGACAGGCGGGGUGGUGGAAAGCUGCUUUCUGGGAUGUGGGAAGGCAGAGGACCCUGCUGUGUCCCUGAUAACUACACCUGUGAGAAAGGCAUCCAGCUUCAGCUCUGAACAAUCCACAUUACGGAGUUGCAGCUGGAACUGGAUGAACUCCAGAUCAUUCAGGAGGCUGAAGGGGUGAUAGGUAGGACAUUUGAGAGGUAUUUGCACCCAAGGUGCACGGCACAGGGAACUGGGUGACAGUGAGGAAGAAACUGGACUCUCUGUUUCCCCCUGUGCCCAUCCCUCUGAACAACACAGGUAUCACUUUAGGUACAGUCGGGGAUGGUGGGAUGACAUGGCAAAGAAAAGUCACAGCAAUAGGGUCUCUGGCACUGAGCAUGGCUCUGAGACUGAGAAGGGCAGGGAGGAGAAGAGGUGAGCUGUGUUGUUACGUGGCUUGUUAGCUCAGGGAACUGACAGGAUGUUCUGUAGGUGAGAAUGAAAUUCCAGGAUGAAUGAAAUGAGAAUGAAAUUCCCUCCUGCAUGCUGGCAUCUGGGUCAUCUCAGGUUGAGUGCUCAGCAUUCCCCAGGAGGGUGAACAGUGAAGGUCGUGGUCCAUGUGGGUAACAAUGAUAUGGGCUGGUAGAGUAACAAGGUUAAGUUAAGGGAGUUCAGGGAGUGAGGUGCUAAUUGAAAGGACAGCUCCUCCAGGCCUGUGAUCUCAGGACUGCUGUCCGUGUGAUGUGGCAGGGAUCAGAAGAUUAUACAGUUUAACAUGUGGCUAAAGAGUUGGUGCAGGAGGGAGGGGAUAAGAUUUUUGGAUCAUUUGAGCUUGUGAAGAUUGCUGUGUACAGAGGAGUGAGAGUGUGUAGGUAGGGACAGCACAUCACUAACGGAAUGUGACUGGGCACACAGGUCUCUCUGUCUCUCUCACAAACACAUCAGUGGAGUGGGGAGGGAGGGGAGUGAGAAGGGGAAGGGGAAUGAGGAGGAUGGAGUUCGGACUCCUUCACAAAGUCCCACACUCACCCAACCCUCCCCUCUGGAAUUGGUCCCAUUCCCUCCCCAAGAUUGGGGGUGAGCAUUGAGUCACCUUGCCAACAAGAAAAGGAAUUGUUCGAUAACAUCUGCUUAACACAUUUUGAUAAUAAAUUUACAUUGAACUUGAA